AGUUGGUCAGAUGAGGGGAGGAGAGUAGGCAAGGACUGACUAAAUAAAAAGAUCCCUCUGGAGGCAGGGACUGUAAAGUCUGGCAACACUGAAACAGCAGAGAAUUAAUCUUAACCUAUAACUCUACCUAAUCUUCAGUGACAAGUAUAGGCUACAUAUCAAAUCCUCCCUCUACUUUUGUGGACACAAAUCAUAAUGGAAUCAAACACCUCCAGUGACCAGGAAGUGACCAGGGCUAUUGUCCUGUCUCUGAGAGAUGGCAUAUCUUCGUUCAACAGCCUCUGUGAUUCCAUCCUCAAUAUGGACCUAACCUCUCCUGACACUUUUGAUUAUGAACACAUCAGAGUGCUGAUUGUCAACACUGAGCAGGCCAUGAGGAAGACUACGCAGGAGGCCGAGGGGAAACUGGGAAAACUGGAUGAGGACACAGAGAACCUCACAGCACAACUGCACGCGCUUGCCAAAGUGCGAGAUGACAAUAUACUCAAUUUAGACCACUUAAAAACCAAGUUAGAUGCUGAGACGCAGUCCUUAAAAAAUUCAGAGGAAACGCUGGAGCAGGCCAGAACACUUCUUCAAAAUAAUGAAGACGUGCUUAACAAACAGCGUAGCAGAAAAAGUACUGCUACUGCUAUAGCGGGUGCUAGCCCAGCAAUGCUAAUCGUCCCAGUUAUUGGAUGGAUAGCUGCAAUAGCCAUGGCAGCUGGUGGCGGUGUGGAAAUCAGUGAAGCUGAAAAGGCAGUUCACGUUGCAAAAGAGGAGGUGGAGAAGGCUGAGUGUCAGGUAAAGACUUUCUCUGAUAAGGUUUCUGACUAUCAGUCCAAAAUCUCAAAAUCUGAAUGCGAUAUCAGACAGACAGACGGGGAACUGGAACGUGUCCGAGGAAGAAUCUCUGGGGUUCAGCAGCAGAGAGUGGCCUUGGCAGAGUUCCAGGUGCAGAUGCGAGACACUGUCCACCUCCUGGGGUGCCUGAAUGGGGCAGCCAAUGCACUGGAGCUCCAGACCAAAUGCUUCAUCCUCCUGGAGCCUGUGAUGAAGGUGAUUGGGGAAAUGGUGAAGGUGGCUGGGGGAAUCCUGGGGAAGGAGAUUCUAGAGGAUGCGGACCUGACUAAUCUCAUCAAUGCCAUGAGAGAGAAAAGCAGGAGACUGGCAGAUAUUUGUGCCUCACACGACUCUUCAGUUCUUAGUCCUUAUUAGAUAUUUACAUAGUUAUCAUUAUCUGUGAUUUCAGAAAAAAAUAUUAAUGCCUCUUCCUUAGUUCAACUACAUUUUGAUCUGUGUAAUUUAAUAAAAGGAGCUAAGGGACUGUUCGUUAUUUAUAAACCGGGCCACCGGAGGAAAAUAGGGGAGGGUCAUGUCUUUUUAUUCUUUGUUGAG